CUCUAUCUCUAAUAACCCAACCAAACACGCCUUAUCUUUCUCACCCAUUCCUCUCUCUCUAUUUUCUAUUUUCAUUUCCAUUUCCAUUUCGUCAACUCCAAUCUUUUCCAUUGAGCAAAAAGCUCAAAAUCUCUCUCAAACAUCAUGGCGCAGAAGAGAGAAAAAGAAGAAACUGAGCUGAAGGUUCCACAAUCCAUACCUCUACCAAAUCUACCAGUAUCCUCACAACCUCACGCCGAUAACCAGAAACCGACAUCGCCGUCGACCAGUUCCGUUAAAACGCCGGAGAUUUCAGAUCUAAAACUCUCUGGAAGCGAUGAUUCGAGAUCUAGCUCCGGAGCUAUAUCGCCGGAAAAAUCGGAUCUGGAGGAGAUUAGACGGUCGGUGAAGAGACCGAGGGAGGCGAAUCGGUGCUCAGGUAUAGGAUGCCGGAGGAAAGUAGGAUUGAUCGGAUUCCGCUGCCGGUGCGGCGAUGUUUUCUGCUCGGAGCAUCGGUAUUCCGAUCGCCAUGGCUGUAGCUACGAUUAUAAAGCAGUUGGUCGUGAAGCGAUUGCGAGGGAAAAUCCUGUUGUUAGAGCUGCUAAAAUUCUUAAGGUCUGAGCGCUGGGGGCGGGGGGGUAAAUGGGGGUGGGUGGUUGAUUUUAGGUAGUUUUUACUUUUCUUUGCUUAUUAUUCUGGGAUGGGGACUGAGGGUAUUGUGUUGUAAAUUUGAUAAGCAUACAAGGGUAUUGUUGUCAUUGGAACUAUUACCAUAAGUUAGUGAAAAGUCUUUUUUUGUUUUUUUUUGGUUUUGUGUUUUGGGAAUUUUUAGUUGUACUUUUGCUAUUAUGACGGUAACCCCAUGGGGUUGUAUGUCACAGUCAGUGGUGGACCUAGUGGUAAUGGUCACAACUUAUGACUUUAGCCAUUGUUUA